AAGUUUACCGCUACUGUUUGUAGAUUAUGAAAUACAAGCAGACUUAACUGCUCGUGUGGCGCGUUUUUCCACAUUAAAAUUGAUAGCCAGACAGGACAGUAGGACGUUCUAACUCAAUUUUCAGAUUUCAGCGUCAACGAUCCUCUGCAAACUGUGCCACGAGUGCGUUAACCGACACGUCCAACCGCGGUGUUUCUGUGUUUUGCCAUUAUGCAAUUUACAAUUUUCAUCAUUCAAGUCUUAUUAAUAAUUCAAAAGUUGAGCAACCUCCAAAGGUUGUAACCCAGAGAGGUGGACAUAAACCUAUAUUUGGUGGUGAACCUUAUUCCUGUAUUUGAUGAAUGAGCCAAUCAUCAUAUUUUUAUUGCAUGAUUAUGGAAACUGUGGAAAAGGACUGUGGGUCAUAGAUAUUCGUUGAAGCAUUGAAAAUAAUAAACAUAAUGUUGCAUCUUUUUCAGAAGUUUUAUAAUCCUUGGUUUGUAUUGUGUAUCUUCGAACUUCACACAUGCCGCAUUUAUAGUUAUAAGUUCAGAAGUUGUAGGUGAUUUAUGGUACUCUAGUUUAUGACAUUGAUUUACAAAAACAUGGAUUCGCAUGUGUAUAAAUUAAUCGAAAACCGUUUAUAAUACAGUAAUACUAAAGCAAAUCGUCUUAUGGGAUUGAAAAGAUUUUGCAAAGGAAUUCAACUCGAACUAAAAUAACAUAAUAUGCCGCCCAAAAAGAAAGGUGGAAAAAAGAAGGGCAAAAAGGCAGCUGCAGAUGAAGCACCUGCUGAUGAUGCAGAAAACGCUAAGGAGCCUACAGGUCCUACUGACAGAGAAGUUUAUUUAAAAAAAGAACUGAAUCAUUUGACUAAUGAUUUAGAAAGACUUAAAAAGCAGUCAGAGGAACUCAGAAAAGAAAAUGAAGUAUUACAACAAGAAGCUCAACAUACCAGAAUUGAAAGCCAUGAAUACAUGUCAUACAUGGCAAAAAAGACACAUAAACGUCAAACAACAAUUGUGUCUCUAAGCGAUCAAAACCAGAAGGAACUUGAAAAAAUAAAUUCGCAAAAAGAACAAAUGUUAUCGGAUUAUGAAGAGAAAAAAAAUAAGUUAAAAGCAACUCUUUUGGAAAAAGAAAGUUUACUCACAAAAGCGAGAAAAGAGUUUCAAGAUUUAGGUGAAUAUCGAGAACUUCGUGAAGAUCAGUUGAAAAAAAUAAAGCAACUCGAGCGUGAAGUUCUACACAUGCGUGGAAAACAUUCAGACACAAUUCAACAGCUGAAAGCAAAAUUUUUGCAGGAAAAGGCAGAAUAUACUGAAGAGAGUGAAAAUAAAAUUCAAGCAUUAGCUCUGGAAGCUAACAAAAAAGCUGUUCAAUGUUUGAACGAACAUACAACAAAUAUAAAGUAUGAAAAUCGACAACUCAGAGCGGAACUUCUUAAUUUAAUCAGAAAAAGUCAGGUUUUAAAUCAGCACAAACAAGAAUUGGAAGAACAGAAAAAGCAGCUGCAACGAGAACAACAGUACAGUGAAGAUAUUCGUAAACUACGUGGCGUGAGACAGAAGAAAGCUCUGGCACAAAUGGAGAGAGAAGAACAAGAAAAUCAAUGAAUUCCAAUUCGUUAACAAAAACUUCAUUUUGAGAUAUUUCGAAAGUGGCUAGUUGAAACUUAUUAUCAAAUAUAGGAAAAUUGUCACAUUCUGUAAUUAAGAGAUUGUUUUAUAUAUCAUUGAUAGCUAAAUACUCUUUUUAAUUCAACCCAGAAGUCUUUUUUUGUGGUUCCAUUUAUCAUUAUUCUCAGUGUUUAUAACAACUUUAUUGUUGAAAUCCAAUUCAGUUUCUUUACUGUAAUUUUGUGGCGAAAUAAAUUCAUUGUGAUAUUCUGUGAUAACUUUUUGUUGCAUUCAAUCAGUAGAACACAACUAUUCAAUAGUUUUCGAUAUAUUUUUAUAAUUUAGGGAACAAAACCUAGGCAUUGAUACAGUAUAAUUUUUAAAUUUUAUGUCUCCAUGUUCUCUUUAGUGUUUGUUCUAUAGUAUGGCGUUAUAAAAUUUCUAAGGCUUAUAUAUAUAUACUCAUACUUAUUUCAGUUUCAAGUCAUUUUCAAAUAUUCCCAGUAUUUAUGUAUUUCACUGUCAACUUAUUUUGUUUUAG